AAUCGAAUACGCACCCCGCUACAGCUCUUUGCAGUUCGAACCGAACAUCUUUACGUUAUCGUCGUUUUCUGUCGUUUUCGCGCUUUGACUAGCCGAUUUUUGCAGUUUUGGUAAGCGAUUAUCUAAUCACUCAACGUUUAUAGUGUGAAUAGCAACUUUUUGCUGUACGAAAUAGUAAAUAAUCGUCGUUUGUUUUGCAGUAUUGCGCUGCGACAGCAGCAGGUAUAGUGCGCCAUUGUGCAGCUCCCGCCCAACGGUCGCGUUCUUUAAAAAAUUUCUCCCGAAAGUAUUACAGACGUCCCAUUAAUAUCAUUAUUCAAAUCAACAGCUGCUUAUAAAAGUAUUGCAGCUGUUUCCACCGUGCCUUGCAGCUGCCGCAUGUUGAAUACCGCGUUCACGAUCCUCGUUCUAUUCAACUGUAACACUGCAAUUUAUACUGCAAUUCUGUUCAUUACAGGCUGUUUCCCAACCCGCAUUCAAAUUAUGGAUUCCAAAGUUCUCGAAGAGAUCGAACAAAAGGCCAAGAUGAAAAUUAACAAGCAGCACCUACGAAAACUCGUUACGGAUCAUUUAACGAUGGCCUGUAAAAGCGCUUUGCCUGACGAAAGAAUGUUUACGGUUGAAGCGCUUGUCGGAAUAACCUUGUCAUCGAAGGAAGUUAUGCUAAUUAACGUUAAAGAAAACGUUUCAAACCAACUGACCAAGAAUGUCGCAAAAGACAAACGCAAUAUGUCUUCGUCGGUCGACGACGUGUCAGAGGCGCUUAAGAGGAAAUUCGAACAUGAACCGGCUAAAACGUCGUCGAAACGUAAAUCGGACAAGAUAAAGAGUGAACGAUCUGGUUCACCAGUAGUUAAACGCUCUAGGGUAUCUCUGCCGCCCCAGCACCGAAUCAGGAAUUCUUAUGACCCCCCUGAAUUGGAUGCUUUAAGGAAAUUAGCGACACCUAAUGAAGCUUUAACAGGAUGGUAUUCACAGGUUUUACCACAAUCUUUGGUCCUACCUCCAUUUCUUAAUGGAUCAUUCCAGAAUGCUGCCCGCCCUUCUCUCCAACAUCCUAUGUUCACCUCGAGGCAAUAUCCGGGUCUUUCAGAGGAUGAUUCUUCCCCAAGAAACCAGUCCCCGCAACCUGACGAUGAUAAAUCAGCUGAAGCUUUGGAUAUGACAAAACCUGAUGACUAUGAAGAAACGGACGUGAAUAUGAAUAAGACAACGCCAUUGAAACUUUUGGCCCAAACCGUAAUUGAACAGGUGAUAUUCCUUUCCAUGACCCCUCCAUACCGUCCUUUCACUGAAAAAAUAGCGGUAUGGAGGACUACGCGAUCGAACGGCGGCGAAGAGAUCAAGAGGAGUUCGUCAUGCGAGCCGAUUGUCAACAAGCAGGUGUGUUCCUCGGCCUUUGCCGAAGCGAUAAUAGCUUUGGACGCGAAUUUUUGCAGUAAACAAUAG